AUGCAAUACGACAUGCAGAAACUACUGCAUGGUGAUGAUAAUGAUGGAGACUUCGAUAUAAUUCAGGUGGUCGUCCAGGGAGAGGAGUUUAGGUGCCAUCGGUUUGUGCUAGCAGCUCGGUGCCAGUACUUCGCUAUGCUGAUGCAAUCUGGCAUGACUGAGUCCCAGGAGAACCGCUUGGUCUUGCCCGAUGAGGCCACCUCUAUGACAGCAACGGGUUUCAAUACUUUCUUAGAGUACGUUUACACCGGUACGACCAACAUGGUCCCCCAAACGGCGAUGUAG